ACAGGGCCGCCAGGAAACAGGAAGUAAGUGAUGAUGACACCAUUUUAUGAAGUUGUUGUCCUGUUUUUGGCCUAAUUUUGGCGAGCUAAGUUUAGAACCUGCGACAACAACAGGGGCAAGGGGCGUGUUAAUGUGCUGGACAAGUCCUCUCAGGUUCAGUCCGAGGCUUAUACAGAAUGAAGUUGCCAUAAGCUGACAUCACAAGCCGAAGGAGAUGGCGUAUCUUCCGUUAUACUCCCGAGGCAAACUGCUCUCAUCGCUGCAGCAUCCACAGAAUGUGUUGAACGCCCUCCACACUCUGUGGGAAGAGGAACUUCUCUGUGAUGUCAUACUUCACGCUGAAGACCGUGAGAGAACCGUGCACGCUCACAAAGCCGUCCUCGCCGCUUGUAGCAGCUUCUUCCGGGAGCUCUUCUCCACACCGGAUGCCAAAGAGCGUAACCCCGUGACGUGCACGUUCGAAGAUGUGUGUCACGAAGUUCUGGAGGCAAUUGUGGAGUACAUGUACACCGGUCAUAUCCGAAUCACCCGGAAUACUGCGUAUGAAAUACACGAGCUGGCGACGUUUUUUGACUUGAAACCAAUCGUUGCGUUUUGCGAGAAAUCCCCGAGACGGUUUUAUCACCCCAAAGAAUUCAGGAGCUGGACACAUCACUUGGACCUGCUGGAAGGGUUGUAUGUGAUGCGGAAGGAUGGUAUCUGCUGUGAUGUGGUCGUGGUGUCGGAGCGCGUCAAAAUCCCCGCACAUAAAAUAGUGCUGGCCGCGGCAUCAGAUUAUUUCCACGCCAUGUUUGCUUCUGGAAUGCGCGAGACGCACGAUAAACAAAUCUGGUUGCGGGACAUGGAACCUGUGGUGCUGAAAGACAUCAUAGACUUCGUGUACUCUUCGUGCAUUCCGUUAGAAGUGCAGAAUAUCCAAGAUGUUAUCAACGUCGCCCACGUUCUUCAGUGCAAGGGAGUUGUUGAUGUCUGCUGUCAUUUUCUUUCCGAAAACAUCGACAUCGAGAACUGUGCAGAUAUUGACGAACUCGCGCAGUUCUACGGCGUCAAGGAACUAGAAGAUGUGGUCGACCACUUCAUCUUGCGAAACUUUCAAACGAUGUUGGACACGGAAUACUUCGCAGAGUUGCCCGCUGGAAGAGUUGCAAACCUCCUGGAUAGCAACGCUUUGCAGGUGAGCUCUGAAGAGGAGGUGUUCGACGUCGUGCGGUGGUGGAUCUCCCGAAGUCCUGACAGAAAAGAGUUCGGACGGAUGCUGCUGGAAAAAGUCCGAUUGACGCUGAUUCGGCGGAGAGAUUUGGACGACACGAUGAGAUGGUUCGUUGAGGACAUGGACUGCAAAGACUUGUGGGAAGACAUGCAGAAGUAUGACGAGGAACUUCAUUCGCAGCCGCUGAUUCGGGAGAGGAAAACCCAAGUGCGGUCGGAAUUUACCACUGUGGUAGCUUUUGGCGGGAGAGAGUCCCACUUAGAACAGCCGUCAGAAGAUGUCUACUUUCUGAACCCGUACCUGGGAGACUGGCAACUGUUAACAAGGAUGCCGGAAACGCUCACGCAUCAAAGCGCAGCCGUUCUGAACAAUUUUGUGUACCUUGUCGGCGGAGAAAGAGAGACACCUGGCGAUCCCUAUCGGGCCCCUAUUUACGUGGGUUCGGUGGGAUGGCGAUCCUGGCGGUACGACCCGAGACAGGACGAGUGGCUGCCCGUCUCCAGAAUGAACACGUCACGGGCCGACUUCAGCCUUGUUGCUAUCGGAACCCAACUGUACGCCGCUGGUGGGAAGAACAACAUCGGCCCCCUGUUCACGGUGGAGUGUUUCACUCCGGAGAAAAACCGCUGGGAGUACGUCACUCCGCUACGGGAACCCCGUCACGGGCACGCCGCGGUCAGCCUCAACGACCGGCUGUACCUCACGGGCGGCUUCGGGAGGGAUGCCCGCACCAAGCCGACCAUGUGGUCGUACAGCCCCCGCCAAAGUCCCGGUCGCAAUCGAUGGAUUUCCUGCACUCCCAUGCGGACGUCGCGUGCGCUGCAUCAGAUGUGCACGAUCGGGGAGAAGAUCUUUGUGGCAGGCGGAGUGGAGACAGUACUGUCGGCUGCAGGGCAAAGGUUUGUACUGCUCUAUCACAGGCAUGUUUGGGGUUUCCGUAACGCUCUGGAUGAAGGCUGUUUGGAUGGAGUCACCUAUACUGCAGAGGCUCAAAGGUCACCAAUAUUUGUUGAGAUGCUACUUGGGACGUAUUGUGCCGGCAUGCUGUAA